AUGGUACACAUUCACAUACCUGAGGAAAUUAUUGUUGAGAUGCUCUCUAGAUUGCCGGUGAAAUCGAUUUUGAAAUUCAAGUUGGUUUGCAAGUUAUGGAACUCUUUGCUAUCCGAUCCUCGGUUCAGUUUGGCAACUAAAGGUAGAGAACACGCGAUCUUCUGGUGUAGUGGCAAAAGAUGUUUUAGUUCUUUAGACCAUCAGUAUGCAAUCCGAGAGAUUCCUAGGCAAUGUUGGGAUCGACAGCAUUUAGAUUUUCUGGGAUCUUGUAACGGUUUGCUGCUCUUCAGUACUUAUGGUACCCGUUACGACUGCUAUAGUUAUUGUUACUUCUAUCUUUUGAACCCAUCAACAAGAUCUUUUAGAGGUUUGAUCAACUUCGGCAGGAGGAUAUUGUAUGGUGAAAACCGUAUAACUGAUUAUCCAGUGGCCUAUGGAUUUUGCUUCGACAAGUUGUCAGAUGAUUACAAAGCAAUAAUGGUGUAUUAUUCUUCUUCAUCAUUUCCUUCUCAAAGGGCUCUUGUUUUUAGCUUGAAGAGGGGAACAACUUUAAGAGAUGUCAGUCUCCCCUACAUGCUUAGGGGAACAGGGGUUUUAGCCAAUGGCAAUUUGCAUUGGAUAGACGUAAAUGGUCAGGAGAUCAUUGGCGGUGACUUGAUUGUUUGUUUUGAUGAAACCACCAACAGAUUUAGCAAAUUACCCACGCCAGCAGUGGUACGUGGUGGGAAUAAGCCUAUUUACAGGCUGGGAGUUUUGGACGGAUGCCUUUGCAUGUCUAGAUAUACUGCUGGAAUUUAUACAUUCAAGUGCGAGCUUUUUGUUAUGCGAGAAUAUGGUGUGAAGGAAUCUUGGGCUACUUUGUGCGCUAUAUCUGGUGGAGCGAAUUUGAAAAGUGUGAGGGGGUGGGAGCCUCUCUUCUUCACCAAGUCCGGCGAGGAGUUAUUGAUCUCAGGCUCUUAUUGUAUAUUGGCUUACAAUGUAAAAACCAAGUCACUCAAGGAAAUUCACACAUAUUCCGGCCAGGAAUCCUAUGUUGGUCCUCUUAGGUAUGUGGAAAGUCUGAUACCGCUGGGAAACUUUGAGAGAUGA